AUGAACAAAUCCCGAGCCGGCUGUGAUAAAAAACCCUCCCAGACCACUCUUGCGAGGAUUACCCGCGGUUCCUCCUCCCUGGCCAGGCAGGGCGAGCCAGUCCAGCCCCAGGACUCUCGCCAGCACGGGAAACAGCGCAGGAAGCAGGCAGACUCUGCUCUGGCCCAGGACCUCAGCCAGAUGAGUGUGAGCGGCCUGGAUGUUUUACCUGCAUGUAAGGGACAUAUGCCCGAGACUACCCCGGACCCUCAAGAGGAUCAGCCUUGUGGGUCCAGAUCUACCAAGGCUUCUUUGUUGAGCACUACAGUCUACUCGACCUCCCCGAGAGGUCUGGCCUCUGUGGCUCGGCUGGUGAAGCGAGGGCGCUGCAAGAACGUGGUGGUGGUGGCUGGGGCUGGGAUCAGUACACCCAGCGGGAUCCCAGACUUCAGAACACCAGGAACUGGUCUGUAUGCUAAUCUAGAGAAGUACAACGUCCCUUAUCCAGAAGCCAUUUUCAACAUUGACUACUUCUCCAACGACCCGCAACCUUUCUUCUCUUUGGCUAAGGAACUAUAUCCUGGCAGUCACCGGCCAAACUACAUCCACUAUUUUAUCCGCAUGCUGCAUCACAAGGGCCUGCUGCUCCGAAUGUAUACCCAGAACAUUGAUGGUCUUGAGAAAAUGUGUGGCAUCCCAGAGGACAAACUGGUUGAAGCUCAUGGUAGUUAUGCCACAGCUUCCUGUCACUUGUGCUACACACCUUACCCUGCCGAGGAGGCAAAGCAUGCCAUUAUGAGUGACAACAUCCCUAUCUGCACAUUCUGUGCCGGAGCUGUCAAGCCUGACAUUGUGUUUUUUGGAGAGGACCUUCCUGAGAAAUACUUUCUGCAUUUGAAAGACUUCCCCAAAGCAGAUCUGCUGAUCAUCAUGGGCACAUCUUUGCAGAUUGAGCCUUUCGCCAGUCUGGUGAACACCGUGCGGUCUACUGUACCACGCCUGCUCCUGAACCGGUACGCUGUGGGUCCCUUUGAGAAGGUCCCGCUGCGGAGAGCAGACUACAUGGAGCUGGGGGACUUGGUGGACACCGUGCAGAGGUUCGCUGAAAUGCUUGGGUGGAACAGUGAGAUCGAGGACCUGAUGAGAAGUCAAGAAAAAGGGAGCAUUCCUACACUGGUAAGCAGCAGUCCAUUGGUAGGUGGACAGGGGACUUGUCAGAGCAAAUCCAGUGGUCUUGGGAGGAGAGGAGCCUCUGAGCCACAAGGCAGACUGCCUCCUAUUAAGUCCAGACCAGGCGCUCGGAUACCUGCUACCAGCAGUGCUGAGGAGACUGAUUCAGAGACAGACAGCAAGAGCUCUGCAUCAUCCAGCCCAAGUAAUUGA